AUGGCGGUUCCCCCGGAUCUGACGGGGGAUCAGGGGGCGAAUGCUAGGUUUGCUCCUGAUUGGAGGAUAGCGGUGGAGUUGACGGCUGCUGGAAGUUCCACGAUAGCCGUUUAUGGAUGCUGCUGUCUUUCGCCAAUUCAGCUUGUUGCUGCUUCUGGAAUAAGAAGAGCAGUCGAAAUCUGCAGAAAGGUCAAUGAUAAAACUCAGUGUGGAAUGAUAACGUAUCGUACGCUCAGCGUAUUCUGGCUGAAACUGACACCGCCAGGGGAUACGCCUACAUUCGGUGAACCUAACGUCAGGUUGGGCAGGCUUUGUCCGAGGCUUCCAAUGGUGUCUAACGGAAGCUCACCUUCCCAUCUUGACGAUGCUACCGCAGCUCUGAUACUGCCAGGCGAAGUGAAAAUAUUUGCCCCAACCAAUGCUGUCUUUACCCAUCCAGCUAUGAUAGCUCUUGAAGCAGGCCGUACCUGGGCCCGGCAAACUAGGGCGAGGCUGGGCGUUUCUCUUGGCAGUUCGAUCACCAUCAAUCUGUCUACCAAGUACGGUUGUCUAACCACCCUCAUAAUCACCCCUCCUCCUUCCACACCACCACUGCCGCUCCCACUACCCGCACCGCUGCCACUGGUUUUCUUCGCUGAGGAGGGCUUGCAGAUCAACAGCAUAUCGGUUAGUAGGAAGCAGUGCACUUCCAUCUGGAAAGAAAAGUCAAUAUUUGAUGUGGCAAAUCGAGCGAGCGAGUACAUCUACAUCCAUGUAUUUGAGGAAUCUUAUGUGGAGAUGGUUACGAUUGAUGUUCCAGCUAGGGUAGUCAGGUGCGGAGCACAUACUGUUAAGGAGUUAAGUAGGGAUCCGGGAUACGAAAGCUUGCUUGGAAAAUCAAACAUCGACACAAUUAUAUAUUCUCCAAAAAGUUUCGAUGCUCACAUCACCGUUAGACCACAAAUUUUAUUUUUGCAUGCUUUGACUGGAUGUUACACAUCUGCUCUCUUCAAUAAAGGCAAGGCAAAGGCCACUAAAAUUUUUCAAAAGAGAGCUGACAUCAGAGAUUCAGCAAAAGUAUUCAAUGAGGAAGGAUGCUCUCCAGAUACUAUUUUCACAAAUGGUAUCAAAUCAUUAUUAGCGAUUUAUGGUGCUCCACCGCGCGAAGAAUCUCUUGACCAUCAUCGAUAUAAGUGCUUCGCGAAAUCGACAAGAAAGUCUACAGAAUUUUAUAACGCUUUACCUAUUUCCUAUAAAGGACAUGCUUUAACAUUUAUUAAGUCUAGAUUACAAGGUGAACCUGCCGAAUUUACAGAACAAACUAAUCCUAUUACUAUUGAACAUCUUUCUGCUAUUUUAACCACUAGAUUUAAAGAUUACCAAACUGAAGAAAAUUUGACUCGUCAACUUUUUGAUAUUCAUUCCCAAACAAAAUUGACCCCUUUCGACUUGUUAUAUGGUCACCGUGAACCUCUUCAGACUUAUGAAGAAUUUCAAAAACAACAAUCCGAAAGACGAAAAGAAUUAGCUGACAAAAUUUACAAUAAGACUUUGCAAACAACUGUUAAGCGCAACGAGAGCUCCAAACCUUCCAAAAUCCCUGUAUUAAAAGGCCCUAUUUACAUGACGCUACUAGACGUCCAAAGAAUUUACCCAAAUAUCAAAAGCACGAAACCUACAAUCAAAAUGGAACCCAAAUUCAGAUAA